UUUUUUUUUUUUUACCCAUUAGACCGAUGUUGUUUAACCCAUUGUAGUUUGGAUCGUAUGCAGGUGUUCUUGACUCGGUUUCGUAAGCGGGGGUUCCUUAGUUUGCUGACUAUACAGUACAGUCUACGUUGUCUGAUGUCUGACCACUUUUGCCCGGCUUACCAAAUCCCAAUUCAAACGUACAAAGGUGAAAGCACAAUUCAUAGUUAUUAUUAUUAAUGGUGGGCUGUAACACACGUUUUCCUCUGAGCUCUACACGAUUUCAGCUUUGCUUGUAGAUUAUACUUGCAGAAAUACGGUUGAGAGCGCGUUUCUGAUUGAUUUCUAGAUCGCCUUUGCUGUAUGAAAUAAUACUCUCUGUUUAUACCUUGCACGAAUAGUUCUACUAAAGUUUGUCCUGAAAGUUGGCAGGAGAGCGUAUACGCUCGACGCAUGCGCGCUGACCGCACUCUCCAGCACCAAAUAAGAGUUGCAGAGAAACGAGACGUUCCCUGAAAGAUGGCAGAAAAGCCCCCAGCCGAUACCUCAAGCUCGGAGACGGACUUCGACAUGAUGAGCGCCUUGGACUGGCAGAACGGCAUUGCCACCCUUCCUGGCAGUGACAUACGGUUUCGUAUGAAUGAAUUUGGAGCUCUCGAGAUCGUUACAGAUGGGGAGAUGGAAGCUGUGCAGGCAGCUGCCAUGGCAACAGAGUCUUCAGACCCCUCUCCUGCAGACAAGCCCACCCCGCCUGUGGAGGGCGCUGCAGGCGGCACAGCUGUCGUGGAGUCUGCAGAGCCCGUGCUCCUGGCCCCCAGCAUCGUCACCCCAGAGGAGGCUCCCAGUGUGGAGGUGGUGUCCUGUGGGGCCUGCGGGGCCUCUGGCACCUUGGAGAACUUCAUUGAGGGCAAGUUCUGCAGCAAGGCCUGCAUUCAGUCACGCAACAACAGCAGCAGCAGCAGCAGCAGAGCCAGCCCGGUGGAGCAGAAGAAUGGAGAGACGGCCAGCAAUCCCAGCAACGAGAGCGCGCAGCCCCUGAAACGCAUCCGCAGGAAGAGGAAGCUCCUCACAGAGUCGGACGAUGAGGAGGUGGAGAAUCCAGAGGAGGAGGAGGAAAAAUCCAAAGUUGGAAAAGGACGCAGAGCAGCCAAGCAGACAAAGCCAGUGGCCACGGCCCCUGGGAGGAAGAAGGUGUGGAGCUGGCCAGCUUACCUGGAGGAGGAGAAGAUGAUCGCUGUGCCACUGAAACUCUUCAAGGAGCACCAGUCGUUCCCUCAGAGCCGCAAUGGGUUUAAAGUGGGUAUGAAGAUGGAAGGGCUCGACCCUCUUCACCCUUCCAUGUUCUGCGUGCUGACUGUGGCUGAGGUGCAAGGCUACAGGAUCCGGCUGCAUUUUGACGGAUACCCGGAAUGCUAUGACUUCUGGUUGAACUCAGACUCCUGGGAUCUGAAGCCAGCAGGCUGGUGUGAGAAAACCGGGAACAAGCUGCUUCUUCCAAAGGGUUGCAAGGAUGGCGAGUUUAACUGGAGCACCUAUGUGAAGAACUGCCGGGGUCAGACAGCCCCUAAGCACCUCUUCAAGAGCCUCAACACAUCCGUGACGCCCUCGGGGUUUCGGCCGGGGAUGAAGCUGGAGGCAGUUGAUAAGAAGAACCCAUCUCUGAUCUGCGUGGCCAGCAUCGCCGCCCUGGUGGACAACCGGCUGCUCAUCCACUUCGACAACUGGGACGAGAGCUACGACUACUGGUGUGAAGCCAGCAGUCCCUACAUUCACCCUGUGGGCUUCUGUCAGAAAAUGGGGUUAACCCUUACCGCGCCAGCAGAAUACAAGCACCCGAAAAGCUUCUCCUGGGAGAAAUACUUAGAGGAGACCGGAUCCCAGGCAGCCCCGGCAAGAGCCUUCAAACAGAGACCCCCCCAUGGCUUCCAAGAGAACAUGAAGCUGGAGGCCGUGGACAAGAGGAACCCCAUGCUGAUCCGCGUCUCCACCAUCACUGCCACAGAGGAACAUCGCCUCAAGAUCCACUUUGAUGGCUGGAGCCAGGAGUAUGAUUACUGGGUGGAUGCAGACUCCCCCGACAUCCACCCUGUCGGCUGGUGUGCCAAGACUGGGCACCCCCUGCAGAACCCACUGGGACCGGUAGACUCCACCGCUCCCCCGGGACAGGGCUGCCCCACGCAGGGGUGUCAUGGAAUUGGGCACAUCAAGGGACCCCGCUACGGAACACACUACACAGCGGUAAGCUGCCCGUACUCUGAUGUCAACCUGAACAAGGAGGGGCUGCUUCAGGACCGUCUGAUUGGAGAGAAGCCGCCCGCACUGGCAGGGCCACAGAAAGCAAAAAGAGUGGAAGUGCCGACGCCAGUGAGCAUGCCAGCACCCACCGUGCCAGAGCCCUCGGACGACUCGCCACAGUCCAGGAAGUCGUGGAGCACAGAGAGCGAGCGGUCAGGCCGCAGCAGUGUCCAGAGCCUCCCUGAGCAGACGCAGAGCUCCGAGGAGAGGACAGAGGGCACCAGAGAGCCCAGCGAGAACAGCAUCAAGACCAAAAAGACCGGUCCGAUUCCCAAAUGUUUGAAGCUGCACCUGGUAAAACAAGAGCUGGGAGAUGGAAAAGAGACAGCGCUGAGUCUGCAGGAGGCGCUCCACGAAUCAGUGUUCAUACCUCCAUUCUCCUCGAACCCGGCUCACCGCAUCCAGGUGUGCUGGGAGCAGCACUGCAAGUUGCUGCCUGAGGUGCUGGGGCUCACCGCCAAGGGAGUGGCAAAGUGGACCACCGAGGAGGUGGCCAGCUUUGUUCAGGGAUUGCCUGGAUGUAGAGAACAUGCUCCCGUUUUCAGGAAUGAACAGAUAGACGGGGAGGCUUUCCUCCUGCUGACCCAGGCGGAUAUCGUGAAGAUCCUGGGCAUCAAGCUGGGGCCGGCGCUCAAGAUCUACAACUCCAUUCUCAUGUGCAAGAGUGCUGACGAGGAGUGAGGCGGGCAGGUUAAUGAACUCUGAGCGAGCAAACACAACUGGAGCUGCUAGAACACUGCAUCCCUAGAGAAAAGAACAAAACACCCAGAACCCACUUACACUGACUUCUCAUACAAGGCCCUCCCUAAGAGAAACUCAGACGCCAUGUAAACUGUCCAAUACAGCCCAUCACUUAAACAGGGGGAUGAAAAGCACACGGGCAGUGCUGUUACAGGUGAAGUCCCUGUGUGUCUGCACUGAUGGCUUUGUUCUGUACCUCUUUUAAACACCAGAGGGUGGUGGAGGGCUGUUUUGAAGUAAACGCAAGUGCAAAGACACAUUUUCAAAGAGGAACAAAACCAGCGAGACACAAAUCAGAACAAUAACUUACUUGCAUCUUCCUCAUACAAAGAGCUUUCUUGCUUGUUUUAAACUAUUGCAAUUGCCUUUGCACGUGAUUCCAAUUGGAGAGCUAUGAAUCAAACCUGCUAUCAAUUCUGGAUUUUGAAUCAUCCUUUGUCAUCUUUGUCUGUCUUUAGAGAUGAAAAUGAUUCAACUCAAGUGUAACCCAGAUGCUUAUUGACCCUACAGCAUCCACUGUUAUCAUUCAUCGGAGACCAUGUGGAAUAGUUCACUUCUCUGAAACUGUCAAUGUGCAAAGAGUAUUCAGCAUACAAGAGGGAUAACCUUAUGCACACAAAAUUAACUUACGUUUAUGUCAUUUUAAAUAGUAAGUCAGAUGUCAUUGUACUUGCUUUUUAACAUUUCCCUUACUGUUGUUUGGUAUUUGCAAUCAUUACCCCUCUACCAGCCCCCUGCCCCACCGACUCUGCAAGUAUAUAGACAGAGAAUAGAGGGGCUAGUAGAGUUGAAAGGUGAUAUUGUCACAUGAUGUGAAUGGAUGAGGAAGUCUGCUCAGUCCUGGCACAUAGGAUUCUCCAUACAAGCUCAAAGCCAGGUACAGGCAGAUUUAGAGUGAAAAAAAUAGAGAACUCAAUAUUGUAGCAACAGACUCCAGAACUACGUAGAACGAUUGCAACACCAUCAAAUAGUUAAGAAUGUAAAAAAAAUCAAUUUAAAUGACAUUUGACAAACGGUAGGCAAGCGUUUUGUGAAUUGAAUCAAACAGAAAGAGCGUUACAGAAGUAAGGUGGGCGUUUGAAAGUUUUGCUUAAAGGGAUCACUGUUUUCACUCUGUAUAAAGUUUGACUGGCUGCUCAGAGCCCUAGGGGCCUGUUUUCCCAAACUUUGUGUCAGUUAUACGGUUCUACAAUUCACUUUGGAAUUCAUAUAGCGCCUUCCACGACAAUUUCUUCCCAAGGCACUUUGCAAGAGUCAUAAUUCUAUCUUUUGAACGCAAUUAAAAACAUAUUUAACUAUUAUUUUUAAAUCUCCCAUACAUCCCAACUCAUAAAUAACUAACAAGUCACAAACUUAAUUAAUUAGGAAAAUGUCUUUUCUGAAGAAAUGCCAUUUGAACACCGUCAUAGACUAUGAAUCUCACAGGAAGCGUCAGGAAGAGUCAGGGGAUUUCAGGGAUUCUGGGUAAAAAUAAACCCUUAAAGAGUAAAUAACUUCAGAUGUCAUUUGAGUGUCUGUAGCUCUGUUACUCCUGGUUUAACUUAUUUAAGUUGUCUGGCUUUCAGAAAACUUUCCUUCCUUCUAAAUGAUGCUAUAAUUUUAUUAUUGCAAAUUGGCCACAAUUCCACUUGAAUUCAAUAUGAAACACCACAGGCAUAGCAGCAGGUAAUACAUUGGGUUUCCUUGGAAUUUGCAGCCAUUAUUUUAUACUGUAAAAGAUACAACUAUAGCAACUCUGAAUCUCUCUGAAUGAUUGCAAAGAUCGUAAAAUGGUUAAGGAACGAUUUAAGAGAGAAGUUCAAACUAAAUUAAUGUAGUUUGGAAACCCAAGGCAGGGUGCCAGGCCCCUGCAAGUUUUCUUAUUUUGGACAUAGGGGACCACAUCUUAGCCAGACAUACUGGAGCAAGCAAAGCCGAAUGCUAAAAUACAUUCUAAAUGUAUUCCCAGGAGCCUGUUCUGUGAAACCACAACGCAAUGGUUUGCACCAAUGAAAAGGCAGAUUUAGUGUCUUGCUGAAUAUUAUUAUUAUUAUUGUUAUUAUUAUUAUUAUUAUUGCGAUUGAAAAGCAAGCUUUUUAGUUUGUUCAUUAUAUAUAUAUAUAUAUAUAUAUAUAUAUAUAUAUUACACACACGUUUCAGUGUGUAGAGGAUUUUGAACGAGCAACUGGAAAGUUGUCUUUAUUAUAUACAUAUAUAUAUAUUUAUUAAAAGUAAUAACUAUGGUAAUUAACUUUUGAGUGGCAGGAAUCAUUUUCCAUGGUAAUAACAGGCAAUGCUGACUCUACAGUUGAGUUUCUGAUCCCACAACAUGCAAGCCUCUUAACAGAGUGAUUACCAGGCAUUUAAAGAAAAUCGAUUUUCUCUUCUCUUACUGGCGUCAGCAACAUUUAAUUUCAUCAGCUUUGCAACCAAGCUCAUUUUGUCUUGGAUAAGUGGACUAUUUGCUUCAAAAUAUCAUCCAAAAUUUGCUUUCAAAGUAUCACACUUCUCGCCACUUGUCAGACCUCCCCCCACCUUACCCAAGCUGUGGCACUGACUGCUGCUCUAUUGCUUUGUGAUGCCUGUGUAUAAACCAUGAGUUCACUUCCUGUGCAGCAGGUAUUAGAACCGCACCUGAGCCCUGUGUUCUAGUGGUGUUCUAAUACCUGCUGCACAGGAAGUGGACUCGAUGUUGUAGCAGGUUAAAGAGCCUCACAAGGUCCAAAGUAGAAAUAAAAUCAUUUGGUUGUUAUUUCUUUAAGUAGAGUUUAUUAUAAACAUCACACCUUAUUCUGGCUCACUUCAACCUGCACUGUCCAGACAAUCAUGCACCAUUUUAAACUGAUCCCUUAGUGUUCUAUAGUUCAUUCUUAGGUAACAAUUCUUGACUAACGCUAUUACAUGACAUUUGCAUGUUCUUUUUUUCUUUAGGUGUUAUGUAAGGGACAACUUUGUGAAACAUUUAAAAACCGAGUGAGACACUGCACCUUUUUAAAACAUUUUUUGUUGUUUUUCAUCUGUGAAAGUCUUUUGAACAUCUUUGCCGAGAGAAUUUGCACACAAAUUCACCGUUCAAAUCCUAAUCCUCCUAACAAAGCCUUCAUGAAGAGGCCCUUCUUUUAAAAGUGUCACCACAAGCACUUUGAGAUUUAGUAAUUAGCUGGGGAUGCUCAGUGAGCUGCAAUUUUGUUCGUGUCCAGUAGACAGCGCUGUUUUACAGUUCCACAUAAACCAUUUGUUAAAUGCUUGUAUAUGCUGUUGUAUUUUUUUUGUUGUUGUUUAUGAAAUGUGUAUUUAAAAACAACAAUACUUCCGCAAAUUGAAUGUUAAAAAAAGCCUUCCAUAUUCAGAAUCUGCCUCACACAAAACCUGUGAAUUAGUUUAGAGAGAAGGAAGGCAGGACUUUUAUACUUUGUUUUUAUAUUUAAUGUACUUAAAUAAGACACAUACAUAGGAAUGACAAUGUAAGUAAAACACAUGCUCUAAGCAGCUAUACCUCGUCAUAUUAUAGUUUCAGAGCAAGGAUAUUUUAUUUACACAUCGUUAUUCUAAAUGAGAUGUUCUGUAUACAAUGGAUUGCUGGGUAUAUUCUGUAUGAAAUGUUUUUUUUGUUUGGGGGGCGGUAUUUACUAUUAUUAAUAAUUUGUCCACAGGACUAUAACUGUUUUUGUGUAAAUGAUAAUAAAGAUCUACAAUGUAUUGAACCAGCAGCUUUAGAGAGGGGUUUGAAAGGGGAAUCUAAGCGUCUGCUCCUGGUAUUAACUGCAUAGAUUUUGCAGAACCCAGAGAUGUACUGAACAGUAUAGCAAGCUCUGAUUUCCCCUUUCCAAGAAAUACUGCAGUUCUCUUUAAAAUAAAUAAAUGAAAGCGCAGUUACAUGAUUUGUCCACAAGGUGGUACUGUGAUUAAAAAAAAUCCUUUAGAAAUAAAGGUACAUUAAAAACAAUGUGGAUGUUGAAAUAAUAAUUAUGUUUACAGUGCACACUCCUCUCUGUCCUCACCAGGUGUUCUUGUAAAGAUAUCAAGACUGACCAGUAGUUGUCAUCUAUUCUUUAAUUUUCUUCUUAGGAAGGAGACAGACGAAAGGUUUGUUUUCACAAUUUAAAAAAUUGAUCCAAUUUCAUUGAAUCAACAUGACUGUGAAAUGCAGGGCCUAUGGAGAACAACAAAAGGACCAGCAGUGAAUUAGGUUGCCCUAUGUAUAGCUGAUGCUACCCAAAAAAUAAGUUUUCAUUUUAUUCUGUCGUCUGCAAUCUGAUUUUGGGUACUUUUACACAUUUAGUAAUAUCAUUUUAGUCCUCAGUUUAGUUGAGUUUUUUUUAUUUUUGGAUAUUAUUUCAAAAUGCAAACAAAUAUUCAAAUGUUCUUUUCAAGCUGAAUUAGCUGAACAAAUGCUACGCUGUACCAUAUUGCAUUAAAGAUGGCUGAGCGCCCACUAUCCAUAUCCAACCCCCGCGGCUGUAAUAAACUGUUCGUGAUCAUCCGUUGAAAAAUAAAAUAAAAAAUAAAAAAAAUGUCAAGCUGGAUUCUGCCAUGCAAGUUAUCAAGCAUAAAGCAUUACAAUCCAGACCUUAACCGCUUGAAGCAUCAGAAAUCCUGAAUUCCUCAGCACUUUACUACAAUUGAUGAUGUGUGCACUGGCCUCACUCAGCAUCUCUAACUGCAUGUAAAUCUAUUUAUGUCUCUUUUGUGCUGUACAUCUGCAGGGAUGGGAAUAAGACUCCCCAUUGCAUUGCAAUCUGAUCCAAUCCUAAUUUUAUUAUGAGUUUAAUAAAACACACCUGAGCUUGUUAUCUAUACACUGGGGCUAAUCAAACACAUAUUAAAACUGGGACAGUGUGGCACUGCUGUGCAGGAGUCGUCUUAUUUCCAUCCCUGUAGCUGUGCUUUAUAUAGAGAAUAGAUUAACAGUUAUUUACAUUUUAAACUACUAUAUUCUACAUACCUGGCAAGGGCUACAAUACAGUGGUGUGCCAUUUAUUUAAGAAAUAGUUUCCAUGCUUUAUACCUGAUUGUACUGUAUUAAGAAUCUUGUUUCAUCUUGUUUAAAAAAUAUUCUGAAGCUGCAUAAUAUAAUUUCAUUCAUUGUUUAUUAUCCCAUGUUAUUACUGUUUCUACACUGAGUGUUUGGCAUGCUUUAUGAAGUUAUAAAAUUAUUGCAGAGUGA